UAAAUCAUUAUACUUAAAGAAAGUAGGACAUUUUUCGCAAUGGACUUCAAAAGAAAAGCAACUGAAACCGCUGUUGUACCAAUGAAAAAACCAAGAAAUGAAAUAACAACUUUUAGUGGUGGACAGAAUGGUACAUUGAUGGAAACGGGUACACCGAGACUUUCAAACCUGGAGGCUCCCAUCAUGCAAUUAAGUGGACAUGAGGGAGAAAUAUACACUGCUAAAUUCUCACCAGAUGGCCAGAUGAUAGCAUCAUCAGGAUUUGACAGAUUAAUAUUGUUUUGGACAGUUUAUGGAGAAUGUGAAAACUUUGCUGUCUUAAAAGGACACACAGGAGCAGUUAUGGAACUUCAGUUCUCAACAGAUGGAAAUUCACUUGUCUCAGCCUCCACAGACAAGACAGUUGCAUUAUGGGAUGUGGAAGUUGGGGAGAGGAUAAAAAAACUGAAAGGUCACACAACAUUUGUAAAUUCUUGUCAGAUUGCCAGACGAGGGCCACAACUAAUAGUCAGUGGAAGUGAUGAUGGCACAAUUAAGUUAUGGGAUGCUCGGAAAAAAGGAUGCCAGCAAACAUUUCAAAACACAUACCAGGUGACAGCAGUAUCAUUCAAUGACACAGCUGAACAAGUUUUAUCAGGAGGAAUAGAUAAUGAUAUAAAGGUAUGGGACUUAAGAAAGAAUGACAUUCUGUACCGAUUACGAGGCCAUACAGACACAGUGACAGGUAUACAGCUGAGUGCAGAUGGGUCCUAUCUCCUGUCUAACUCCAUGGAUAACACAGUAAGAAUAUGGGAUGUAAGACCAUUUGCCCCACAGGAAAGAUGUGUUAAACUUUUCCAAGGUCAUCAGCACACAUUUGAGAAGAAUUUGUUACGUUGUGCUUGGUCAUCAGAUGGCAGUAAGAUUUCAGCAGGAUCAGGUGAUCGUUAUUUGUAUAUAUGGGACACUACAUCACGCAGGAUAUUGUAUAAGUUACCAGGACAUGCAGGGUCUGUCAAUGAUGUAGGAUUCCAUCCCACAGAACCAAUAGUGUUGUCAUGUGGCAGUGAUAAGAAGAUUUUCCUUGGAGAAGUAGAAUGAAAUUCAGUGUUCAGGUGAUGUGAAAACUAAAGAAUGUUGGCAGCAGAUACACCUUUUAUAGACAGUGGAAGCAGAUUUUGAAGAGAGAACAUGUAAUUUCAGCUUUGAAAUCUGAGUGUACAGUGGUUCUUUAAAAAAAAACUUAAUACAUUGUAUUAUGCUUCUGCACAAUUUUUGUAAGUGUCAGAGUGUCUUGUCAACUUGUAGUCUGAACAACUCAAAACCAACAGGCAAAAGUGGUAACUUUCAACUUCUAACUACUACUCAGGGUAUGAGUUGAUUAAGUGGGAAGAAUCAAGUUAUACCUUAAACAAAAUUUCAAUUAUAACCUUCCUGGUAUCUGGUUACAAGUUGUCUCUCAGGUUUUUGAAGCAGUGUUGACAUAUUAAACUAUCCAAAAUUUACUAAUAUGCUGAUUAAUUAUACAAAAUAAAUUUUGGACAAUUA